UAAUGCCUAAAACAAAGAACUGCCGUUUCCAAACAGAAUGGCUAUACAAUAAAAAGUAUUCUUCUUGGAUAAAAUUUUGUUCUUUAAAUUCAAAGGAAGCAAGAUGUAAUUAGUGUCGAACAGAUAUUAAUAUUUCUAACAUGGGAGUAUCUGCGUUAGAUUCACAUGCAACUAAAAAGAAGCAUGAAAGUACACUUAAUGCAGCUGAUAUAUUUUUUACAGAUUUUACUACAGAAAUAUCUGGUGAUAAAGCAGCUUCCAGUAAUUUUCAAGAACUUUCUCCUCAUUCAAACAAAGUUUUAAAUGACAAAGUUACACAGCUUACUAUAGAGGAUCUUCUAUCUCCAGCUUUGGUUACUAAGGCAGAAAUAAUAUGGACCUCAAAUGUUGUAAUGUCACAUUUUUCUUUAUGAUCAUGCUUAAAUUUAAAUGAAAUAUUCAAAUUUAUGUUUUCUGACAGUAAAAUUGCAUCAAAGUUUGCAUUAGGCAAAACAAAAUGUGGUUACCUCAUUAGUUUUGGUUUGGCGCCAUACUAUCGAGACCAACUUAUAUCUGAAGUCAGAGCAUCGCCAAUCUUUGUUUUGUCAUAUGAUGAGAGUAUAAAUGUAACCUUUAAAAAUGAACAAAUGGACUGUGGAGUUAGAUACUGGGAUUCAAAUUCAGGUGUUGUAAAAGUUAGAUAUAUUGAUUCGAAAUUCCUCAGAUGCCCUAAUGCAUAGAUUUUAUUUGACAAACUCAUUGAAGCAACAGAGAUGUUUGAUCUUGGAAAACUUAUUCAAGUUUCAAUGGAUGGUCCUAAUGUUAAUUGGGAGGUUCUUAAAAUGUUAAAUGAGCAUAGACAGGAAAAACGAUAUUCUGACAUUGUUAAUAUGGGCAGUUGCAGCUUGCAUAUUGUUCAUGGUGCCCUACAGACAGCAAUAAACUCCCAAAAGUGGGAGUUAGAAAAAAUAUUUCGUGCAAUGUAUAAUCUUUUUAUAGAGUCACCAGCUAAAAUAGAUGAAUAUAUUAGAGUUUGUGAAACAGAUCUGCUUGCUUUACCGAAAGUAUGCAUGUUUAAGAAUAAAAAAAAUUUAUUAUAGUUCAUUAUAUCUUUUAUUAUUUAUAUAUAAGUUAAGAGCAUUUCAGCCUUUAAAUUUUUGGAUUUUAUUGUUUUACAGUUUCUGUGCAACUCGCUGGGUAGAAGAUGAAGGUGUGGCUUCUAGAGGCAUUGUUGUAUGGCCAAACAUGGUUAAAAUUAUGAAGUAUUAGGAAUCAUUAUGCAAAAGCAAACGUCCUAAAAAUAAGAGCUAUGAGGUUCUGGUAGAUCAUCAUCUACACAAGUUUGUACCUUUGCGUAUGCAGUUUUUCAAAGAUCUGGCUAAAAAAUUGAAAGGGUUUCUAGUGCUAUUUCAAACAGACAGACCUAUGGUUGCAUUUUUAUCUAAUAGUUUAGAAAGUAUAUUGAAAAGUUUGAUGAAAAUGAUUCUCAAACCAAACAUUUUAAAAGAAGCUGCAACUGCAUAUAGUUUAACAAAGAUUGAAGUAGGUAAAUCCAAUAACCAACUAGAUGCAAACAAAAUUGAUAUCGGAACAGCACUAAAACAGAUGCUAAAUUCUCUUCAUUGUAAACCAGAAGAGAAAUAAGAAUUUAUAAUAGAAUGUAAGCAGAUUAUUGUAGUGUUAUUGCAAAAAUUACAAGAAAGAUCCCCCUUGAAAUAUUCUUUAGUGAGGAAUGCUUCAUCUUUGUCUCCAAGUGAAAUGCUUAAAAACAAGGAAAUAUCCAUUCUUAAAUUCAAGGCUCUUGCUGAAAGAUUAAGUGCAUUAAAAUGGUUAUCAUCUGACAAUGCAGACGAUGCAAAACAACAAUAUGAUGAAUUUGUUAGUGCAGAAUGCGUUCAAUUUAGCGAAAAAUUUGAUUCCUUCAACGAGUUAACUGAUUCUGUUGAUAAAUUUUUUGCUGUUUAUUUGCAUAAAAUUCCAAAGUAUUCAGCACUGUGGAAAGUCUGUGUUAUCGUUUUUGUGUCAUCUCACGGCCAAUGUGCAAUAGAACAAGGGUUCAGUGUUAAUAAACAAUUGUUGGUUGAAAAUCUGAAAGAGAGAUCUCUUAUUUCUCAAAAAAUAGUUUAUGACCACAUUAAUUCUCAUGACAUUGUCAUACAUCAGUAUGAGCUCCCUAGUGAUCUUUUAAAAAGUUGUAAGUUAGCAUACAAUCGUUACAAUAUAGUAUUGAAAGAAAACAAAGAUCAAUUAAAGGUAGAUGAAUUAAGCAGGAAACGCCAAUUGAUUGAUGGAGAUAUUUUAGUAAUGAAAAAACAAAAAGAAAGUGUUGCAAAGUGCAUUGAAAUUCUUAAAUCUGAUGCUGAUAAGUUAAGCAUCGAAGCAGAAGCAAAGAGAGACCUUACUGUUCUUGCAAAAGCAAAUUCUUUUAGAAGCACAAUUUUAGAAAAAGAACAAGCAAUUUAAGACAACUUGAAUUGAAUUAAAAAAACUUGAGCAAUCUAAAAAAAAUAUAAAAUAAAAUAGUUUAUAUCAAAACAUACUUAUGUAUUUAAAUAUAUUUAUAUAUAUUUAGUUAUUUUGUUCUAAGAAAGUAUAUUUUGCUUUUACUAGUUAUUUAAUUGUCAAGAAAAUAAAUCCUUGAAUAAUCCAAAAUUAUUCUUGAAAAUCCUGGAAAUAUCCUGGAAUUUUAAGUUUAUUUUUAACUGGCCACCCUGUUAAUUGACAGUAUGAAUCGUCGUGUUCAAAAAUGCAUAGAAGUCCAAGGACACGUCACCCGAUAUUGAUCAAUAUAUUAUUUUAAAAAUAAGGCUUUACUCUUUAUUUUCUAUUGAACAAUUUUAUUAUUCAUUUAUUAUUUUGAAAAUAAAACUUAAAAGACUUGGUCUCAUUUUUUUUGUCCGGAAGGUAAUAUCUAUGAAUAUACUGUCCCAUAUACCUAAAGGCCAUUCUGAAUGGUUAUUUACAAAAAUCAAAGUUUCAGCAUAUUUUUGAAAACUUUUAAAGCAUGACUGAGUAUGCCAAUAGUUUGGUGGAAGUGAGAGCCAGUCUUUAACUUAUUGCUUAUCAAGCCCAAUCAUGUCAAAAAUCAGGUAAGAAAAAGAACCAAGACAGGCAAAGAUGGUGGUUUUUUACCAUUAUUUGUAUCCAUUUUAUAAAUUUCCUUGAUAUCAACUUUUAGUCAAAGCUAGACAUAUCAAAUGACGGAAUUGCUGAUGCAAUUUUUGCCUUUUCCUCUAAUGCUAACUCAUCAUCUAGCUAAGCUAGAGGUAUCAUGGUUAAAUCCAAAUACCAAAAAUGCUUAUACUGAGACUCUACAGCAUCAGCAGCUAUUGGGUUUGUACAUACAUUCUUGUACAGAUGCAUUUGAUGUAUGGCUGUAAGAUCAACAGAGCUUUAAUGACAUCCUCAGAUUGUAGAUACCAUUUUGCAUAAAAGCAAACAAAUUCUGAUAUAAGCUUAAUUUCAGUUUUCAGCUUAUCAUUUUCUUGAACAAACGCAAGUUGAUUGGAUAGAAGUUGAAGCUUUAGAUAAAAAAUUGCUUUUCCUACAAAUUUUGCAUAAAUAGCACCAGUUUUUUAUACUUUAUAUGUAAAAGAGGAUAAAUAAGUAAUAACUAAUUCUGCAAGCUCACUUCUAUUAUCUCUUAUAAUACCUGGUUUACCGACAUAAACUCUGCAAAAUGUCAAUGAUUAAUUGGCUGCCUUUUUUAAAAAAGAGAUAUCCUUAUUCCAUAAUUAAAAUUAGGUUCUUUAAAAAUGUUUUUUAACUUUUGAAAAGAGGAUUUUUAGGUCCAUUAGUUUUGUCAUUGGUCGCUAGUUUCCUAAAACGAAGCAUUCUUAAUUCAGUUACAUUAUGCCUACAGACUAUUUGGAGAAGAUACUAUCUAGUUCUUUAAAUAUUCUGGAAAUUGAUUCUUUAUUUGUCCCAGUAUUGGAUCAAAACAUAUUCCUCUAGUUUUUGAUGUAAGUUGGUACUCCUUAAUUAAAUUUGUUACAUCUAAGAACUGAUCUUUACCAGUGGAUGAUGCUAAAGGAGAUACUUCAAGUAGGUAAGUUUUUACAUUAAUGUUAACUAAAACAGCCACUCUAUCCCUCUUUAUUUUACUGAUUUUCAUUUUUUUUUUUAUUUCUAAAAAAUAUUAUUUCCUAAUUUUUGCAAAUUGUUUUCAAUUAUAAUAUAUUUAUAGGUGGUUUGCUAGAAAUUAAGUUUCAACUGGCAAAAGAUAUGUGUUUUAUUAGUCUAGACAUGUCAAAAAGAAGUGGUGAAAAUAUAGAUAGUUGGUGUGCCUUACAGGACCACAGUGGUGAAGAUGAAACUCUGAGACAUUUCUUGUUAAAGAUAUAACUUAAUUUGAAAAGAUAAUAUUAACACAUCCAGAAAAAACUAACAUUGUUAGAAUUAAAUCAGAUAUCAUUGAUAAGGUAAUUGUAAAAAUCGGUUCUGCCCUCUGUUGCUAGGUUUAAUUGAUUUUGGAAGUGUCUCCAAAAAUAAGCAUGUAUCAAAGCGAUUACUUCUUUGCAAUAUAAAGGAAUUAUUUAUUGAAUUCAAACUAGAACACCCUUACUAAAUAGUAAGAUUCUCUAAAUUUGCUCAGUUACAGCCAAAAUGGCGUAUUUAUAAUGGUCAAAAAGAAAUCCAUGCUGUUUAUAUAUGUACAAUACAUCAAAACAUAAAGCUUAUGCUUAAUGCAGUUAAACUGAAGAAAAAUAAACUUAUUGAGAACAUUGUUUGUAGCAGAGACUAAAAGCAGAUGGUCCAUAGAUGUAAUCAUUGAAAUAGAUGUAACUCUUUAAUAUAUCUAUUUCUGUUUUAAUAAAAGCAAAAAAAAUGUUUACAAAAGUUUAAUGUUACCACAGUUACCAGACCUUAGUUCUUCCUUUGUUAUAAUUUCCAAAGAAAACUAUAGAUAAAAAACAAUCCCCAUAUUGAUAUUGUUCUAAUUGUUUUUAUAAAAAACAAGUAUCAUGUUCUAAAUCUUUUUCUUAAGAACUAUACUGAUGCUAAUUUUCAGCUUAAUUUCAUGUUUUGUUUAACAGCAACAGUAAAUCAAAAUUUAUAGUAAAAUCAAAAUGUCCAUAAAUUUCUUCAAUCAUUGGAAGGGCUGCUCACAGAAAAGAGUAGCUAGCAAGCUAAAAACGACUCAGCAAUACGUUUCAAAGAUGCUAUUGCAAAGAACAAAUAUCAGAUGUCUAAAACGCAUUGUCAAACCAAAGAUGACAGCCUUACAAGUCAAGUUAGCAAGGCCAAAGUGUGGACGACUUUUCCUCAAAUUUCGUGAUGUCGAUUUUAUUUUGGAUGAUGAAUCGUACUUCACUCUUUCCAACACAACUUUGGCUGGGAAUGACCGAUUUUACUCAGAUGAUAUUCAAAAGACUCCUACUGAUGUGAAGAACAAAAUGAAGGCAAAAUACCAGUCAAAACUACUUGUUUGGGUGGCAGUUUCACCUCGAGGAAUGAGUAGUGUCAAAUUUGACACUACUCAUUCCUCACGGUAAAUAUAUUGAUUGAUUGCCUGGCAAUCAAUAUAUUUACCGUGACGAGUGUAUACGAAAGAGGUUGAUUCCUUUUAUUAACAAAUACUAUAGGGAUGGUAAAUACGUAUUCUGGCCCGAUUUAGCUAGCUCCCACUAUGCAAACUCAGUCCACGCCGACCUCAGAGACAAAAAAGUCAAUUUUGUACAAAAACAAGACAACCCAGCAAACGUCCCGAAAGUCAGGCCAAUUGAGGAUUUUUGGGGAUUUUUGAAGCAGAAAGUGUAUGAGAAGGACUGGCAGGCUAAAACUAUCACUCAACUCAAAGCUAGAGUCAGUCUUUGCCUUCGUAAUUUGGACAAAGACCUUAUACACCGCACCUUCAGCUCGGUACACAAAAGACUCGAUUUUGUCAGAAGGAAUGGAAUCAAAAAACUUUAAAAGACAUUUUUUCUAACACUUAAAAUUGUUGUUUAUAAAAUGCAAAAAACCGUUUUAAAAAAAUUGUAAAAUGACUGAGAUAUCUUGUUUUAAAAGUUGGGCAAAAUUUUAGUUGUGACCCAUUAAAACAACAAAAAUUACUAAAAAUAGCUGAUUUUAAAGUAACAAUAUCUCCAAAACCCAUUUGAUAUCAGUGCUAAAAUUUUGCAAGGUCUAUGUUAUAUAAGUGUCCAUUUUUACAAAAUAUGAAAAAAUCUGAAAUGGUGGGUUACAUGCCUGUCCCACUUUUUUAUAGAAUACCUCCCAAGAGUAUAAAAAGAAAUGUGGUUAAAUGAAGAAGUCCUAUAAAGAAAGCACAUAUAAAUAAAAGAAUUAGAUUCAAACCUAAUUUCACAACAAAUAGAUGAAUCAUUAUGUGAAUAUAUGCCUAGGUUAAGCAAGUUACUAUUAGGUUGUUUGUAAAUUAUUGGAUGAUAGUCAUCAACAUUGAGAUCUAAAGGUAAAACAACAGAGUUUAUUUUAGUUUCACAAUUGAUUUAUGUUAUGUUAUGUAAUUUUAUGCGUAUUUUUACUUUUACACUAGUGUAGAAAUAAAUGCAAUGUUAAUGUAUGUAAAAAAAUAUAAAUUAAUCUUUAUAUUUUUUUGUUGUUUAAUCUUUAUAUUUAAUCUUUAUAUUAUUUAAUCUUUAAUUUUUUUUUUUUUGAAAUUUCUAUCAUUAUGCCUUAGUGUGUAUGUGACAUACAAGAUGUAUGUCUGUGGUGCAAUAAGGUACAUGAAAUAAUAUAGUUAAAGUCUUAUUAAAUAAAGUUUCUAGUAAAAAAGUAAAAUCUGUUUGAUUGAAAUUAAUCUAAUAAAUAGAUAAUUUAAAAUUGAUAAUAAUGAAUAAAGUUUUGGGAGCCCAUCAGUGCAAUCAUCUUAGUUGUGCAUGAGUUUUUUAAAAUAAAGAAAAUAUACAUAUAAAAAAUUGCAUUACAACAAGGUUUGAAAGCUAGCAUGGAAAAGUUUGUUUAACAAUAACUCUGUGAUUUUGUACAGAGUACAAUAACUUUACUUAUUUUAUUGUUUAGAUUAAUAAUGAGUAUAUAAUAAUUGUUAUUAUGAUAAUAAUGAUUGCAAAUUCAAAACAAAAAAUUCUACUGUAAAUUUCAGAUAUUCAAAUUUUGGUUAUAAAACAUUAUUCAUCCAUUAUAAACUUUCAAGCAGGUAUGAAGCUGGAAUUUUCAGGAUUAUGUUUUUAUUUUUUUUCAUAAAAUAUGUGGGUACUCAAAGUUAAAAGCAAGUAUGAGGUUGCUUUCCUGCGGCCAAUAGUUGAUUUGAUAUAAAACAACCUUUGAGUUAAUAAUUUUGGGUUGUUGUUUUUUUUUUGUAACUUUUUCAAUUUUAGGUUGACAUGAAAGAGAAACUGUUAAAAACGAAUUUUUUUUGACUCUUUUUCUAAAAUUAUAA